AUGUCCUAUCAGCAGUAUGAAUCUGAAUAUCUGUUUGACCAAUACUAUUUUCCACCAACUGCUCGAACUACCUAUACAGCAACUUUUGUACCGCAAUGUGACCUGUACGGUGGAUGGCCAACAGAAACAGCACUUUGUAGCUCAACAGCAUUAGCACCAGAAGCUAAUUUACACUGGCGUGAAGUACCCGCUAAACAGGAGCCAACAACAGUUUUUCCGUGGGUGGAUGCAUCUAGUUGUAGCAGCGUUAAUGCAGCUGGAUCUGAAACAGUUUUUGAGGUUACACCGGAAGAAACUCGAAUGCAUUCAUGUCCAACAUGUCAUAAGCAGUACUGUCGUAAAGGAACGUUGAAAGCUCAUCUAAAGCAGCAUUUUGGUCAUCGCCCAUUUAUUUGUCAGGCCAGUGUUCCAACAAAAUCUUCUUUUUCUUCUUCAUACUUAUGUCAUCAAAUUUUUGCGUUUUUUGUUUUUCCUAAAUUUUUGUCUACUCUUAAGAAAAUAAAAAUUUAA